AUGCAACUGGAUACUCUGAUGCCCUCAUUACAAUUAUCGCAAUCAAUUGAACAGUCUCAGGUUAUCCUCCCGCCAUCAUACUCCCCCUACUACUACUACAUUGUCCCUUACGAGCAAGCAUACAUCAGUGAUCCCUCAACACAGAUUCAAUAUACAUAUAAUGAACACAACAUACAACAAUCAGUAUAUCAGCCACAGAACCAGCAUUUCUUAGAAAAAGAGCAACAAAUUGAACAACAGUCACAACUAAUGCAUAUGUCUGCUCAUCAUUUCAGACAGCAAAACUCUAAUCAGAUUGGACAACCUGAAUAUAAGCAGCCACAAGCUAAUUUUGCAGAAAUUCAAGAUUUGCAUACACAUCUACCU